AUGCCUGAACAAAUAACUCUGGGUAGAUAUCUUUUUGAAAAAAUCAAGGAAGCCGGUGUCCACUCGAUCUUCGGAGUCCCAGGUGAUUUCAACUUGGCUUUAUUAGACCACGUCAAGGAAGUGGAAGGCAUCAGGUGGGUUGGAAAUGCUAACGAACUAAAUGCCGGGUAUGAAGCUGAUGGAUACUCCAGAGUCAACGGCUUUGCAUGCCUGGUUACCACCUUCGGUGUCGGCGAAUUGUCUGCUGUCAACGCCGUUGCAGGUGCGUAUGCAGAGCACAUUCCAUUAAUCCACGUGGUCGGUAUGCCUUCCAUCUCCGCCGAGAAGCAAAAGCUUCUACUUCACCACACGUUAGGUGAUUCGAGGUUCGAUGAUUUUACCGCAAUGUCCCAGAAGAUCAGCAUCAAGCUCAAGGUUAUCACUGAGUUUGACGAUGCACCAAAGGUUAUAAACGACUUGAUUGAAACAGCCAUACUCACCAAGAGACCGGUUUAUCUCGGUUUCCCAAGUAACUUUUCAGAGGCAUUGAUACCAGCCUCCGAUUUGACAAAGUACAAGCUUAAGUUGUCUUUGCCUCCAAACAAUGAAGAGUCUGAAAAUGAGUUUGUGGAAAACGUUAUUCAGCUGAUGGAGAAGGCUAAGAACCCUGUGAUUUUGGUUGAUGCCUGUGCUUCCCGUCAUGCUGUCAUUGAACAAGUUGAAGAAGUUGCUAGACUUACAAAGUUCCCAGUUUUUACCACUCCAAUGGGUAAAGGCUCUUUCAACGAAGACAAUAGCGAAUAUUACGGUAUGUACAUUGGUGCUUUAUCUGCUCCUGAUGUUAAGGAGAUCGUCGAGUCCACAGACUGUAUCAUCUCUAUCGGUGGGUUAUUAUCAGACUUCAACACUGGUUCAUUCUCUUACUCUUAUGCUACAACAAAUGUGGUAGAAUUCCACUCAAACUACUGCAAAUUCAAGAGAGCAAAUUACGAAGACUUGCAAAUGAAAGGAGCACUUGACAAUCUUAUUUCUAAGCUAUCCAAGGUAAGCUUAAGUUACCAACCUAAAUUGAGCCCACCAAAGUCCAAGUACGAAUACCAAACAGCUAAAACGUGCCCAGAAGGCCCACUUAUCCAGGAAUACAUGUGGAAGAGAGUUUCUUACUUUUUGAACGAGGGUGAUGUCGUUGUUACUGAGACAGGUACUUCAAGUUUUGGUAUCUUGACAACGACUUUCCCAAAGCAUGUUAAAGCUAUUUCCCAAGUUUUGUGGGGCUCUAUCGGUUUCUCUUUGCCUGCUGCUGUUGGUGCAAACUUUGCAGUUGACGAUUUUAAGAAACUAAAUUCCUCGUAUCCCGAAAGAAGAGUCAUUUUAUUUAUCGGGGAUGGUUCUUUACAACUUACGGUUCAAGCAAUCUCUGAUGCUUGUAGAUGGAACAUCAAACCUUAUAUUUUUAUUUUGAAUAACAAGGGUUACACAAUCGAGAAAUUGAUUCAUGGACCACAUGAAUCUUACAACAAUAUCCAGCCUUGGAAACACGAUGCAAUCCUAAAUUUGUUUGCCGACAAAGUUGAAUAUGAGAACUUGAAAGUGUCAACUAACGAAGAGUUGGACGAGCUUUUCAAAAAUGAAAAAUUCAAUGUUCCUGAUAAAAUCAGGGUUAUCGAAUUGAUGCUGGACGAAUUCGAUGCUCCUUCAAAGUUAAGAUUGCAAGCAGAGUUGUCCGAUAAAAUCAAUUCAGCCUAA